GAACCUCAUCAUCAAAACCUUCUUCUUCCUUGUUUUACACUUUCACCAUUUUGAAGCCAUAAUGACAAACCCCAAAGCUGCGGCUUUAUCCCCUUUUCAGAUCGUAUCCUUACUUUCUAUUUUCCUCCUAGCCAUUUUUCCACACCCAAUUCUGUCCACAAAAAGUUCCGAAGGAUUCGAGUUCCUCAAGAAUCUGGAAGGAUGCCACAAAGGUCAGACAGUUAAAGGCCUGCGUGAACUCAAGCUGUAUCUCAAAAAGUUCGGGUACGCAGCAAAUGUCGUUAACCAUACUGAGUAUGAACAUUCUGACCAAUUUGAUGACAUUUUAGAAGAAGAAAUCAAAACUUACCAACUCAAUUAUCAUCUUAAAGCCACCGGAAACUUAGAUGCCGAGACGGUGAAACAGAUGACGGCACCCAGAUGUGGAUUCCCAGACAUUGUCAACGGAAAAACUCCCAUGAGAUCAGGCAAUAAGAAAGAGAGCUCUCUCCAUACUGUUUCACACUUUACCUUCUUCCGAGGAAACCCUAGAUGGCCACGUUCAAAAUCCCACCUCACGUAUCGAUUCAGCUCUACCAUCCCAGUUACUAGCAAUAUCAUCAACACUUUGAGAGCCGUCUGUUCAAGUGCUUUUGCAAGAUGGGCAGAGGUGUCCCAUUUUACAUUUUCUGAAGCUGUUCAUCAGGCCGAUAUCGUGAUUGGUUUUCACCGUGGUAGUCAUGGUGACGGGCACAGCUUUGAUGGUCGUGGUGGAGUACUAGCUCAUGCUUUUGCACCAGUAGAUGGAAGGUUUCAUUACGAUGCAGACGAGAAAUGGAGCACUCAUCCGGCGCAAGGAAGUGGCACUUAUGACCUGGAAUCAGUUGCUUUACAUGAAAUUGGGCAUCUACUGGGGCUUGGGCACAGCACAGAAAGGGAUGCAGUCAUGUUCUCAAGCAUCCAACCAGGAUCCCUAAAGCGGCAACUGUAUGCAAAUGAUAUUCGAGGUGUACGCACCUUGUAUGGUCUCCGCCCAUAAUUAUUCUGAUUACCCUCAAUAAUACCACCUCUAUUUCUUAGGCUAAAAUAGAAACGUAAUAGUAACACCUUUUGCAGAAACAAAGGUAGUAAAGACACUGAUAUAAAACAAGUUUAUCGGUAAGAUAAGUAUAAUAAUGGUUUUGGUUAUACCAAACACAAAAGAGUUUAUGAAAUAAAUGGUGGACGUGAAUUAAUUUGACAUCGCUUGUACUUGAUUUUUAUUUUUUUUGAUCGGUAAAGAAUUU